AUGUUUUUGCAUUCUGACUCAGUAACGAGAAAUCAAGAUCAAAAUUAUAUACGGAAUACUUUAAAUGAAGAAGAAGAAGAGCAAUCACAGAGUCUGUAUAACACUCAGUUACAGCCACAUACAGUGCUACUGAAAGAUGGAGAGACUACAGCUACUAUGUAUCCAAUACCUGCAUAUCCAGAAUUACUACCAAAGGGUUUAUUAGCAUUUUUAUUAGAUGAAUUUAAUAUGGAAAUUGAAAAAGGUGAUAGUUUCCCUUAUUAUGAUAUGCUUAAUCUAGAAGAAUUUGAAAAAGUUUGGUUCCAUGAAGGUGGUCAUGUUUGUAUCAUGGUGUUAGGGGAAAUUCCUGAACUUGAUUAUAGCUUAGAUGACGAUGAAUUAUCAGAAUUGGAUAUUAAUAAAGAUAACCAUGAAGAUGAAAUUGAAACUAUGAGACAUACUGCUCAAUAUAAGAAAAGGAAAGAAAGAAGGAAUAUAAACUUAAAUAUUCAAUGGGAGAAACAAUGUUUAGGUAUCUUCUCUCUACAACCUGCUUAUCCUGGUAGAUCAUCUCAUGUUGUUACUGGGUCUUUCUUAGUCAAUGCAGGUAUUAGAGGCAAAGGUAUAGGUAAAACAUUGGUUGAAACUUUUGUUGAAUGGUCGAAACGAUUAGGAUUCACUUCCUGUUGCUUCCCAUUGAUUUAUGGUACUAAUGUAGGAAUACGAAGAAUUUUAGAAGUGUUAAAUUUCAGAAGGAUUGGUAAAUUGCCAGAGUCUGGUAUAUUAAAAGGUUUUGAUGUACCUGUUGAUUCCUUUAUAUAUGGUAAAGAAUUUACACAUAUAACAAAAAGUAUAGAUUCUCUGCGGGACCCUCAACAGAGUAAUGAUAUUGCUAAAUAUGAAAGAUUAAGAUAUUAUCUAGAAACAGGAAAAUAUCCACCUCACUGUGACAGAAAUGAAAAGGCAAGAUUACGUGUUUCUUCAAAAACACAUUCAUUGCAAAACGGCAAGUUAACGACAAAAGGACGUGAAAUCAUUUACGAACCAGAACAACAAAAACAAAUUGCAUUAGAAAUGCAUAUUGUUGAACAUCAAGGUAUUAAUAAAAUAACUUCCAGAAUUGUAGAAAGAUAUCACUGGAAAGGUAUUAAAAGUACAGUUUCUGAAGUUAUAGCACAAUGUCCCAAAUGUAAAAUGAGACAUCAAGAUGGUACUGGUGUAAUUGUUAUGCCUUCAGAAAAUGUACGACAGGCACAUAUGUUACCACAACAUCACGGAGAGAAUAACGAGGAUACAUAUCAUACAUCUACUUUAUCACAAAUGGCAGCUGCAGUAGUAAGAAACUUACAAAACGAUGUUGAAAACGAAGAGGCUGAACCCACACCACCUGAUAUUACUCAAGCUAAAGGAUCGAUAAUAGUUAGUUCUAUGAACAAUGAUAAUUCUAUGAUUAGCUCCAAAGAUUUGAAUUCUGAUACAUCAGAAUUAACAACAACAAUAGAGACUAGUUUAAGCAGUGAACAUAAUAUGAAUGCAUUUGACAGAUUUGUAGAGGAAGAGCAAGCAAGAAAAAGAAGAAGAUAUUUAACUGUUGCAGAGGACAGGGGUGAGGCAUCUAAGAUGGUAGUACAUACAGAAGAUACCACUGGAGAAGGUAACGAAGAAGUACCAGCUAUUAUGAAUAAUGCAGACGAAGAAAUGAUGAAUGAGGCAAUUUUAAGUCUGGAGAAGAACGUAUUUGAAGUAGUUGAAAUGGUUGAAAACGAAACAAGAAAACGUUCCAACAAAUAA